AUGACGGUCGCAAACAACCUAGCAGCACCAAGCAAUUCCCACGAGAUAGAAAGCACACAAUCAUUAGCCCUCCCAGAAACCGAAGACGACAUCCAAAUCCGCCAGCAAUACCGCCCGUUCCUCACCGACCAGACCGACGACGACUGGGUCAGCAAGCUAGAAUUAACAACAGUCCUGGAUCUAGCAGCCACAGACCUGGCCCUCACAAAUCGCCGCUUAAAGGUCCUCGUCCUCUACGGUAGUCUGCGCCGGCGCUCAUACUCCCGUCUCGUCGCGCUCGAAGCGGCCCGCAUCCUCUUCCGGCUGGGAUGCGAUGUCCGCGUGUUUAACCCUGAGGGUCUACCGGUGAAGAAUGACAUCGACCAGGAUCAUCAUAAGGUCCAGGAACUCCGGGGCCUGAGUGCCUGGAGCGAGGGGCAUGUUUGGAUUUCGCCAGAGCAGCAUGGGAAUCUGACCGCAGCAUUCAAGAACCAAAUCGACUGGAUCCCACUGAGCACAGGAAGCGUCCGACCAACGCAAGGCCGCACUCUAGCCAUCGGGCAAGUCUGCGGCGGAUCGCAGUCCUUCAAUGCCGUGAACUCCCUACGGAUUCUUGGCCGGUGGAUGCGCAUGUUCACUAUCCCUAACCAGUCGUCGAUCCCGCAGGCUUAUACGCAUUUCCCGGAUGAGGGGCAGCCCGGGGAUCAGCGGCUCAAGGCGAGUGGGAAUCGGGAUCGCUUGGUGGAUUGUAUGGAGGAGUUUGUGAAGUAUACGAUAUUGAUGAGGCCGCAUAGGGAUGUCUUUGGAGAUCGGUUUAGUGAGAGGGAGGAGAGGAGGGUGAAGGAGGCCAAGGUUGCUAUAAAGAUAUACGCCAUGCCACGGCCAAAACGCAAAACCAAGGCCGAAGAUCUCGCCAGGGUACGCCGCAACCAGCGGAAAUCGCGAGCGCGUAAGAAAGAGCGUGUUAUGGAACUAGAGCAAAGAGUCGCGCAGCUCGAGGCCGCAGCGACGGAAUCCUCAGCGCAGAGUCUAAGAAAUGAGAAUCGCGCAUUAAGGGGGUUGUUAGAGUCUGUUGGGUUCGAUGGGGUGUCGUUGAAUAGGUAUCUCCAGGGCUCUGGGAGCACGACCGAUGAUCAAAUGGGUGGAUCUGACGUUCAGGCCUUCGCGCUGGCUCCAGACUCGUCUCAGGUUCAGUUUAUGGGCGGACUCUCAGCAAUCUCUGGUAUUACGAGGGACGAGAUCACUCUGCUAGAAUCUGUGUCCUUGGCAGAACUGGAGCUUGAUCAUGCAAUGCAAAACCAAUUUAUCCCUCUGAACAGUGACCAUUUCCAGAUGAAUUCGCCACGGUCGCUUCCAACGGAGCAGGCCCCAGCUGAUCUAUCUACGACAGCAGACCUGGCUGGGAUGAUUCGAAGGACAGAUUCGACCGCAGGCUCGGUGAACAACGAGACAACGCUGUGCAGUAUUGCGUUCCAUCUCGUCGUCCAAUGCAACAGAGCAGGGAAGGAUGUGCUGGAGCUGGAGACUAAGUUGCGAUACGGCUAUAAAUUGCCGGCUGUUCCGGGAGAAGGAUGUCGAGUGGAUAAUAGGACGCUUCUGGCAGUGCUUGCUGAGCUUGUAUGA